CAUUCUCGGCGCGUAACUCCCCCGACCACCGUUUCUUGCCAUUUCCGCCGAACCCUUCGCAUCCUCCUCCUCCUCCUCCCACCUCUCUCUCUUCUCUAGGGUUAGGGUUUCGACGAGUAAUGCUCGCGUUGAUUGGAGGAAAAAGGUGACGAAGAAGUGUCCCCCUCCUCUCCCGUCGUCGUUGAUCCCCCAUUGCCCCCUCCCGAUUCUCAGAACGGCUCUGUAAAGGACACUGGAUUUGGUUUUUUGUUGUAGCAUCAUUGGCUGUCAUUUUUGGAAAAGCUUCAUAUUUGUGAUCUACAAAUUUUGUGCCGUUGGAGAGCACAAGUUGUUGAUAUAUCAGAGAGAACAUUAUUUGACCUUCUCAGCUACAACAAGCUUUAAUUGCAUGAUCGUGGCAUUAUGCAACAUUUUGUGCAUAAAGUUUGGUUUUGGUCUUGUUCAUCACUGGGAGUAGGUGAGGCUGCUUUGUCAAGAUGGUAGUGGAAAUGUAAAGGUGUCUUGCUUAGAAGGACAUUGGAGUUGUGCAUACUACUGACUAAGCUUGAUCUUUGUCUGGAAUACUCUUAUGAUGGUGACAUCGUGGUAAUUAGCAGUUUUCUGUCUUCGUGAUGCAUAAUAGUUCAAGAUGUUAAGUUGUGGUUACAAGUCCCAAUAUAUGGAUGGCCAGAAAGAGAAAUUUGUAAGGUUGGAAGAGUCAAGCCCAAGGCUAUCCUUUGCAUCUGAUGCUGGCAGAAUGAACAAAUGUGGCUUCCAUAUUGAUGGAUUUGGUCGUGAAUCAAAGAACCCUUCAAAAUCCUUCAGCAGGGGUAUGAUGAGAGGUUCUGAGGGACUUAAAUCACUAGGCCGGUCUCUUCGGAUCGGUGUUUCUAAGGCAGUUUUCCAAGAAGAUCUUAAGGUUCAAGAGAAGAAAAUAUUCGAUCCACAAGACAAGUUUCUUUUGAGAAUGAAUAGGCUAUUUGUGAUAUCAUGCAUCCUUGCUGUUUCAGUGGAUCCCUUGUUUUUCUAUCUUCCAGUCAUUGAUAGUGACUCAAACUGCAUUGGUAUAGACCGAAAAUUAGCUAUCACAUCAACCACAGUGCGGACCCUGAUUGAUGCUUUCUACCUUAUCCGCAUGGCUCUUCAGUUUCGCACGGCCUAUAUUGCUCCAUCAUCUAGAGUUUUUGGCAGAGGUGAACUUGUGAUCGAUCCUUCGCAGAUAGCUCAGCGGUACCUGACUCGCUAUUUCAUCAUUGACUUCCUUGCAGUGCUGCCGCUUCCACAGGCGGUUAUCUGGGGAUUUCUUCACAGAUCAGCAGGGUCAGAUGUUUUAGCUACAAAGAAUGCAUUGCUCUUUAUUGUCUUUGUUCAAUACUUCCCUAGGUUUUUCCGAAUACUUCCAUUGACAUCUGAGCUGAAAAGGACUGCUGGUGUAUUCGCUGAAACUGCUUGGGCUGGUGCUGCAUACUAUUUGCUGUGGUAUAUGCUUGCUAGUCAUAUAGUUGGUGCGUUCUGGUACUUGUUAUCUGUGGAGCGUGUAGAUGAUUGCUGGCAUUUUGCUUGUAAAACAUCUGAUGUAUGUGAUCAGGAUUACCUGUAUUGCGGCAAUCAGUUUCUGCAAGGUUAUGACAGAUGGAGUAAUGUGAGCAGUGAAAUUAUCCAGAAACAAUGUACAGUGGAUGGGGAGCAUCCACCUUUUAAUUUUGGGAUCUACCAAAAUGCCUUGGUAUCUGGAGUCGUUGCAUCAAAGAAGUUUAUCUCCAAACUUUGUUAUUGUUUGUGGUGGGGUUUGCAGAACCUAAGUACCCUUGGCCAAGGGCUCCAAACAAGCACUUUUCCUGGAGAGGUCAUCUUUUCAAUAGCUCUGGCAAUUCUCGGACUUAUUCUUUUUGCCCUCCUCAUUGGAAACAUGCAGACGUAUCUUCAAUCGCUUACAUUACGACUUGAGGAGAUGAGAGUGAAAAGGCGGGACUCUGAACAAUGGAUGCAUCACCGCUUGCUGCCGCAAGAGCUUAGGGAGCGCGUUAGACGGUACGACCAAUACAAGUGGUUAGAGACGCGGGGAGUAGAUGAAGAAAGCUUGGUUCAGAGCCUACCCAAUGACCUGAGGAGGGACAUCAAGCGCCAUCUCUGCUUAGGUUUGGUCAGAAGGGUCCCUCUUUUCGCGAACAUGGACGAGCGGUUGCUAGACGCAAUAUGCGAGCGGCUGAAGCCGAGCUUGUGCACGGAAAACACGUACAUUGUGCGGGAAGGCGAUCCCGUCGACGAGAUGGUCUUCAUCAUCCGCGGUCGCCUGGAGAGCGUGACCACCGACGGCGGGAGGAGCGGGUUCUUCAACCGCGGCUUACUGAAAGAGGGUGAUUUCUGCGGCGAGGAGCUGCUCACCUGGGCCCUGGAUCCCAAAGCCGGCAGCAAUCUCCCGUCGUCUACAAGAACCGUGAAAGCCCUGACCGAAGUCGAAGCUUUCGCGCUGAGGGCCGACGAGCUGAAGUUCGUGGCGAGCCAGUUCAGGCGGCUUCACAGCAGGCAGGUGCAGCACACGUUCAGAUUUUAUUCGCAGCAGUGGAGGACAUGGGCCGCGUGCUUCAUACAGGCGGCCUGGCGGCGCUACUCAAAGAGGAAGUUGGCGGAGCUCCGCCGCAGAGAAGAGAUGGCUGCAGGGCUCGACGACGACUGUGAUGAUGACGCCGAUCAGUUUGGCAACGGCUCAUCGAGCCUCGGGGCGACCAUCUACGCGUCGCGGUUCGCGGCGAAUGCUCUAAGAGGGGUUCAUAGGACUCGAAGUAAUAGUGUGAAGGGGCUGGUCGCGUUACAGAAGCCUCCCGAGCCCGAUUUUGCCGCGGAUGAUGCAGAUUAAAUUGUUCUCAUCUCAGUUGCUGGUUGUUUCAGCUGAAGCACGCUGAAUUGUAAAUUUUCAUUAUCUAUAUCUAUAAU